UUCUAUUGGAACGCGGCCGCGGUGAGCCAGUCUUCCAUGCCGCAGGUGGCGCUUUGUCUCGGUUUUGGCGCUGUAGUCGGUGACAGGGGGCGGAGCCGGACUGUAAUCGGGCCCGGGGGGCUGACCCUGCUCGGCACCGGAUCCGCUGCUGGCAUUGUGCGCUAUGUCUGACGGCUUCGACCGAGCCCCGGGGGCUGGCAGGGGCAGAGGGCGAGGCGUUCCGAACCCGGGCACCGGGAUAGCGAGAGGCCGCGGCCGGGGAGCUGAAGGGACGGACGGUGGGAAGACAGGAGGAUUCAGGGCCCAGAGUAGCGGAGACGAAGCCAGGAAAUCCCCGGUAAACAAGGCCGGUGCCCUCCAGCAAGAGCCGCUUAGACCACCCCGAUCUGGACCGCCCGGGGGAGGAGAUCCCGCAGCAGCUCAGCCAAGUCAGAAGAGGUCUCCACCACCAGCUGUGAAACUUGUCCAGAUUAAUUCUAUGGCAGUGUCAAAAAGUCAACCACCAGAAACUGCAUCCGUCAUCUCCAACCUUUCUGUUAAUGCAGCAGAAUUUUACCCAUCAAGUUAUUCUGUAGAUUUAAAUAACUAUGUCGAUGAAAAUGGUGGCUAUGCUUUUCUUCCUGAACCAACACUUGCUGAGUACGUCCAGGAUGUUUUAAACCAUUUAACUGAACAACCUGGCAGUUUUGAGGCUGAAAUCUACCAAUUUGCGGAUGUACUUAACAACUGGGUCACCACAGAUGAUCUGUUAAAGGAACUUGUGGAACUGGUUUAUCAGCAGGCAACAUCUGUCCCAAAUUUCUCUUAUACUGGAGCUCGACUGUGCAACUACUUAUCACAUAAUCUUCAAUUAAAUCCACAGAACAGUAGUUUUAGGCAAUUGUUGCUAAAGAGAUGUCAGACAGAAUUUGAUAAGAGAGAUCAAGCUGCAAAAGGAGAUGAUGCCACGAGGAAACAUUUCCAUGCCUUUGUACUAUUUCUAGGGGAACUUUAUCUCAACCUGGAGAUAAAGGCAACAAAAGGACAAGUGACAAGAGCAGAUAUUCUUCAGGAUGCACUCAAAGAAUUAAUAAGUGCUUUGUUUACCAACCCUGUGGAUGAUAACCUUAUAUGUGCAGUAAAGCUUCUGAAGUUAACUGGAUCUGUUCUAGAAGAUGCUUGGAAAGAAAAGGGAGUGUUUUAUAUGGAGGAAAUGAUGCAGAGAAUGAAGAAUGUAGUUCUGGACGCAGACUGUAGCAGGUUGAAAAUGGCAAUUAGCUCAUCACAAGAUGUGAAGCAGAUGCUUUUGAAGUUAGUAGAACUUCGAUCAAGUAACUGGGGAAGAGUCCAGGCAGCUUCAACUUUCAGUGAAGCAACACCUGACAAUGAUCCCAAUUAUUUCAUGAAUGAGCCCACAUUUUAUACAUCAGAAGGAGUCCCCUUUACAGCAGCUGACCCUGAAUAUCAGGAAAAGUACCAGGAGCUGCUAGACAGAGAAGACUUUUUUCCAGACUACGACGAAAAUGGGACAGAUUUAUCUGGCAGUGGAGACGCCUUUCUGGAUGAUUUUGAUGAUGACGAAAUGGACCCAGAAAUGGAAGAGGCAUACGAGAAGUUCUGCUUGGAGUCAGAGCGCAAAAAAACAGUGAAUCCAUAGCCACUGCACUGAAAGCCUUUCAAGGCAGGUUCGGUAUGAUGUUUAGCAAACAGGGGAAAUGUUCUUAUACCAAAUUACUUGAGAUUGAGCUUAUCUGAAACCUUAAAUGUAUGCAAACUCUAUUUGUUAAACUGAAUGCCAAAAAAAAGUGAAAACUGAACCCUGUAACUUUAAAACAAAAAAGUAAAAAAAAAAAAAAAAGUUUGUGUAUAUAUUAUAGUUUAUUUUAUGUACAGUUAAAUGAACCGUAUGUUUUGGCUGCAAUAAAAAUUUGAUUUCAAAGAUGUAUCGUGUUGAGAAAAAGAUUUCCUAACCUUGAGCCUGCUCUUACUAACGUGGUUCCACUUUGGUUUGAAAGUAACCAAAUUUUUAUCACUGUUUAGUUGUCAAGGUUUAAUUCUGCAUGUUCAUAAACUUUUUCAUAGCAGCUUGACAUUUAAGAUGCUUGUGUUUUGUAAGAAUCACAUUCUUUCCAUAAGUUGGAGAAUAAAAACAGAUUCUGUAUCAUUACAAAAAUAAAGUAAAAUGGAAGAAACGUUUGUGAACCAUGAUAUAGAUUUACUUUAACAUGCACUUUUUCCCAUUUUUAUUCUUGUUGUUAACCUUUUGAGUAAAAGGAAACCCAUUUAUUUACUCAACCAUUUGGCACUCUAGGAGUUGAUCUAUAGGUGUAUUACAUAACGUAUCUGUAUCUGAAAUGUGGGCUUGUAAUAAAGACAAAUACCGAGAUAUUGUAUUCCAUAACUUAUCUGUAUCUGAAAAGUGGACUUGUUAUCAAGGCAAAUACAAAGUUUGUUUAAGAUAAGUAUUAUAAAAUAAAGCCUUAUUUAAUUACAAUUUGGGACACAAGGUAUUUGUAAUUCACAAUUGUAUUAAAUUCCAGCAGACUUUUUUUUUUUUUUUCCUCCUGCUUAGGAGAGCUCUCACCAUUGAUUAUUGAAAAGCUGUAGAUUUAGCGUGAUCAGCAUGCACAAUCUGUGUAGAUAGUGAAUAGUUGGGUCCGUGUGACCUUAGAGUGUAAUGUUACAUUAACCUAGCAACUAUUGUUACAUGGAUUUCCAGGCUUUUGAUGUGACAUCACCAGACAGUAAAAACUCUUUAACACUGUGGAUUUUUUUGUUCUUCACUGAUAAUGUUCCUAUACUACAUAUACUGCAAGUCAUGCUCCUUGCUUUCCAAAUUCUCCCCAGAUUUUCGUCUGCUUUCUGUAAAUAACACCAGGUAGACUUGUUUUAAACUUCAGUAGGAAUUUUAUCUAAUUCAUGGUAGUUAGUCGUUCAUACUUUUCCAACUGUAGAGAGGCACUUUAAAAAAAGUAAAAGAGAAAAAAUGGUUUUCUUUCUGAUUCGGCAAAGGCAGGACCGUAGUGUAAUAGUGGGUAUCCGAUCUGUUGAUUACAUAUCAAUAACAUUUACAAAAGCUAUCCUGUAGAAGGCAAAAUGGAAUGAGGAGAGAUAAAUAUGUAUAUGCACACACAUACAGUAAAUAUAGUUUGCCAGGGCUGUUUUUUUUUUUUCUUCUUCAUGUCUCAUGAUACGCACACAGCAGCACAACGUACUGUCGGUGGCAAGCAUUUGACACAACAUUUCUCACACAACCAUAAUGAGGGAUGUAGUUCUCAACACCUGGCAUGCUUAUUACUGCUGUACCGUUAUAGUCCAUUCUAUAUCAACACAAUUUUUGCUCAAGAUACUAGGUAUCAGAACAAUUUGCAUUUCCAAUUACACACUGUGCUACACUUAACAACUUGGAUCAGACCAAGGUGAGACUCUGAUGUGUUGUGUCCAGAGGUUAGCACAUGGCACUCAUAGUCAAUGUCUGCAUUUGUUUUAGUGAAAUGAUUUAUAAGCUAUGUGUUUGGCUUCACUCCUAGUCCAUCUUUAUGGUCUAUGUGUUAAUUGGUCAUUAUACGUUGGCAUGUUGCAAAUGAAAAAGAGGAGCAACGCUACUUUGCUAUAUACAGGUAGCACCAGUAUUUUAUGAUCUAAUCAGUUUGGAUUAUAAACUUGCAGCCAAUCAACAAGUAUCUUGGUGUAUACACAUUCUGAAGUGUCUGUGAAAAGAGGGACCGUCAUGAUUCCAUACCUGAUGAGCAUUUCACAGUGAGCUUUUAUCAGUGAUAUACUUUGCCUUUAAAUGCUUCUAGACUACUUCACGUUUAAGCACAUUUUAUACAUUUCAUGAUUGUGAAAGUUAUUUAAGUCUUCUGUUCUACCUUGUAAAAAUACAGUAAAUAAAGGAUUUUCCAUAAA